AUGAAAAAUCUCAUCCCGUGCUUCACCGUCAUCAAACGGUCCAUGUCUUCCGACCCGUCCCCGGACGCUCUCGGCCGUCCAUCUCACUCCGCCGGCACACGCCCCGUUUUCCAGAACUUCAACUCUCUCUUCAAUGCCGCUGACUGCAACCCCGACCCACACUCUGACUCCGAGCCCGAUCUCGCCGCCGCAAUCGCCUCUCAGCGGUUUUUCUUCUCGUCCCCCGGCCGGUCAAAUGCCAUCAUCGAAUCCAGUCCGUCCAUCUCCGCCGGAUCUUCGAUGUCGGUGUCCCCGUCGACGUCUGAUCGCCAUUCGACGGCAAUGGACGGCGUGGCGGUGGAUACAUACUCGCCGGACCCGUACGCCGAUUUCCGGAGAUCGAUGGAAGAGAUGGUGGAGGCGCGUGGUCUGCAUGACGCCAGAGCCAACUGGGAAAAGCUGCAUGAGCUUCUUCUCUGCUACUUGGCUCUUAACCCCAAAAACGCUCACAGUUUCAUCGUCAGAGCCUUCGCCGAUCUUCUCGUCACUCUCAUUUCCUACUCGGAGAACAAAUCGGAGGGCGGUUAA